AUGGGUUCGCAAUCGCUAGAAAUAUUGAGACAAGGUGUCUGGGCGAGCUUGACAGGAGGCUGGUUUUACGAUCCACAUCUAGAUGUUUUUUCCAAUACAUUUCAUCUUUACGUAUGGCUCUUCUUACUAUGUUUCCCUUUUACUAUUUAUCUUUUUUUACCUCCCACGUUUCACGUUUGGUUGGCAUACUGCGCAUCUAUCUUGAUGCUAUUUGGAACAAUAAAAUGUGUGAAUCAUGCACUUCAUUGUGUAUACGACACAGGGAAACGUCUAGAAGAACCAGGACCAUGUGUGAGUUUGAAAAAAUCCGAGAGCGAAAAACAACGUGCUGCUCGUAGUAAAUGCAUUGAUCGGUGUUUAGAUCAAGCUGAUCUUGGCAUUGAAUUACAAAUAUUAAAUGGGAAAACUGAUACACCUCCCGUAGAAUGUUCAUCGAGAAAUUCAUACAUCGAACAAAAUGCACCUAGUGCUGACGCUGAUAGUAUUACUUCUGAAUAUAAUCGUGACAAACCAAAUUCUACGAUAGAUUUAAAAGUUGAAAUUCAUCGAAAAAAUAGUUCAGAGAGCUCUGAAGAAGCACAGCAAUUAAGUAAACCUACUGUUACUUGUAUAAAUGUGCAAGAUGCUGAAUUAGUUUCUACACAAGACCGUGAACCCCGACUGAGAGCUAAAAUUGAUGAUUGGCGACUAACACAUCAAACGUGUGUUGUACAAAUAAAAGAUCGUCCGAGUUCUCGUAAAUUGUGCAGACAUGCAUCCGAAGAUUCUCAAAGUCGGCAUACAAAUCAAGGAACACUUGGUAAAACUGGCUCUGAAAGUCGAAUUAAGCAAACAAGCUCUUUGGAAUUGGAACAACAUGGUGAAGAUUAUCCUUAUUGGAAGUCUAAUCAGAGUGUUCGUCGUCUUACAUCUAAUUCAAUACCCAUGGAAACUCAUCUCACGACGGAUCAUCCUCAAAGUUUAGAAACUAUUUCUAAGAAAAAAGAUUUGGAUAAAAUAAAAAUGCCUUCACAUCCGCAGUCAUUGGAGGUGAUUGCUAAAAAACUUCAUCAACAACAAGUACAUCCUCAGAGUUUAGAAACAAUUGGUGCUACUAUUAAAAAUGUAGAUGCGUCAGACGACAAUAAUUUACCCCUUCAUCCUCAGAGCUUAGAAACAAUUAAUACUAAAAAGAUAUUACCACAAAAUACUUUAAAAAGAAAUCAACUUCAACUAUUACCAUACUUAAGUUACGGUUCUGAAAUAGUUCAUCCGAUUGCCGAACAAAGUGACGAACAAUUUGCUAAUGAAAGUGCCGGUGGAUUUAGUCUUAGAGACUCUUACAGUCCCUUACUUACGAGAAAAACAAUAGGUGAUAGUAGUACCUGUCCAAAUCGUGACCGAAGUUUAAGUGCCGGUGGUUUUGAAGAUAGAUUUUCUAGAUUUAAUGGAGAAGUAGUGAUAGACAAUGAUUCAGCUAAUUCCCGUGAAGCUCUUUUAGAUAAAGGACAGUCAUCGUUCAGUCGGAGAUUCAGCAAUGGUAGUCGGAGUAGUCAUGAAUUGUCAGAUGGUGAUAGACGAAAAGAAUCACAGGAGGAUAACGUUAAUAGGGUUGAUGAUCUUGUUAAUUCAGGCAGUGUUGUUGGGCUUGAUUGGCUCUUUGAGAAUCAUGAAUGUACUGCUGAGUCUUGGGCUAAUAAAAAUUUUCACUCAAAAGAACCAGACUCUGGGUCCUCGAGUACAACAACAUUGAGUAUUGACAACGAAGUAAGGAAAACUCUAUUACCUGCACCAAGUACGAUAGACAGUAAACGUCAUCAAGGCGCUAUUCCUAAGCAAAACCGUCCGAAAGUAUGCCCAGAAAAUUUAAUAAAUAAUUCAAUAAAUAUAUGUUCAGCAUUGGAAACUUCGACGAACAAACCAAGACGGACUAUUGAGUCACGUCGCGAUCGUGAUAGAAAACAGGCAAAAGAUAUGAGUCAAUUUGAGCAAGCCAGUAGUUCAAACAACGAAUUAAGUACUUUACUUUCGACUCCUGCUCCUCCACUGCUGGCAUCUCUGCUUAAAUCUGAUUCUCAAGUUAGUGGGUCUAAUGGUCCCGAUAAUGCCCCAUCUGCUGUACGGAUUGAAAUUCCUGUACCUAAUAUAUCAAGGAGAAACAGAACUAGAAGACUGAAACGUCAACGAGUAUAUCGGAGACCAAGACAUGAAGAUAAUGUAGGUGUUUUUACAGCACUUGAAGGUUUGAUAUCUAAUGGAGAUUAUCACAUUGCAACAAAUCAUAAUGAUACCAGUGAAGGUGCCAUUCAUUAUUUUCAUGACGAUAAUGGCCGUUGGUUUGCGUAUAAAUUUGAUGAAAAAGAUCCGACGUCUGCAACAACAGCACCGGUACCACCUGGUGGUAUCAAUGAUAAAUUUAUAAAUUCUUUGUUACAUCAACAACAGCAGCAGCAGCAGCAGCAGCAGCAGCAGCAGCAACAGCAACAGCAGCAACAACAGUACCAUCAACAGCAAGCUCAGCAACAACAGCAGCAACGCAGUCAUAAUAUUCCUAUUGAUGGUAAUUGUCUUACUGAUUCAUUAAGUAAUAGUUACAGUAGUUUGUCAAUGAAUUCUGCUGGAUUAACAUUAAUUAUUGAUUCUCCACCAGUGUUAUCAAGCCCUGCCAAUAAUCAAACAAAAACACAAAAUUCGUUACCAGCAAAUAUUUUAUCAACAAAUACCGGUGGUAAUUCAAAUGUAUUCGAUCAACCAACUGUGUUAUUUGAUCAUGACUUUUACUGUCAAAUACGUGCAUCAAGAAAUUGUCGUAUACAUCAUCUAUUUGAAAAUAUAAAUGUUAAUGCACAACAACCAGAAAAUCAAAAUCAAGUGGUAGUACUGCCAUUACCGAAUCAUCAAGAGUCUGAUAUUCAUAAUAGUUCAUCCUGGAAUAGAUUUUGUGAUGGUAUGGAUCCAAAUGAUUCAAAAUCAAAGCCUACGAGACAUUAUUAUAAAUGGAAAAUUGGUAAAUUUCCUCAUAUUAAAGUAAGAUUUGACAGGUUAUCGCUGCUGGCUUUGCUCGAUCGUAAUUUGACAAUUUUAGAGACAACAAUAUCAACUAUUCUUGCAGUUACUGUUGCUGGUCUUGGAUUACAGUUACUGCAAAAAGGAUUUUACCGUGAUAUAUUUGCUUUUAUUUUUUGUUUUGUGACCGCUGGAUGCCAGUAUUCAUUAUUAAAAUCUGUUCAACCAGAUGCAGCCUCACCAACACACGGAUUUAAUCGUAUAAUCGUAUUUUCACGAUCCGUUUACUAUAUUAUUGUUUCAAGUAUAGUUCUUAUUCUCAAUGAAUCACUGCAUAAUUUUAAAAAUUCCGAAUUUCAAGUCUAUGGUUUACGUGUAACUGAUUACGAUACAAUUAAUCAAGUUAAAAAUAUUUUACUUAUAUUUUUACUAGUAUUCCCGUUAAUUUUUUCCCUUGGUCUUUUUCCGCAAAUAAAUACAUUUCUUAUGUACGUCUGUGAGCACUUAGAUAUACACCUGUUUGGCGGUACCGCUACUACAUCUCUUGUCUCGUCAAUCUACAGCCUUGGUCGCAGUGUAGUAACAGUAGCUAUUUUGUAUGGAUUUGCUUACGGUGCAUUGACAGAGCCAAAAUCAUCCCAGCAUAUACUAUUUUCUAUUUUUGCUGGCCUCUUAGUUGCCAUAUCUUAUCACUUGAGCCGAUCAUCGUCAGAUCCCAGUGUGAUAUGGGACAUUGUUAAGACAAAUGUAUGGCCACCAGAAAUGUACCUCGAGGAAAUAGGAGCCAAAGUUAUUGAAAAUACAUCAAGACAAGACUCAACACCAGCUACAAUUGUUACUACUACCACCGCAACUAUCAACAAAGAUACUAAAAUAAAAACAACAGGUAGAAAAAAGGAUGUAAAAAUAAAAGUUGGAGAACAAAUAACAGAUUCUGAAUUAGUUGAUCCACUUCCAAAAAAAUUACGGAAUACUGUAAAAGCGAGACUGAAGAAUGAUCUGAUAGUUUGUAUAGUUAUUGGUGUAUUGUCAUUUAUAAUUCAUUGUUCAACAAUAUUUACAGCAUUACAAUCUCAAAUUAAUCAUGUUCUUUGGGGUGUAGUCAGUUGUCUUGGAUUUAUUUUACAUUAUAUUAUACCGCAAUUAAGAAAACAAUUACCAUGGUUGUGUUUAGCUAGGCCAGUAUUAAGAAGUCACGAACAUGCACAAUUUGAAGUUCGUGAGCCCGUUAAAAUAAUGUGGUAUGAAAAAAUUUACGUUUAUUUGUGUUUUAUUGAACGUAAUAUACUGUAUCCAAUAGUCUUCCUAUGGGCACUAACAGAAUGCUCAUCAAAAAUAGUCAAUAAAUUUGGUGAAAAUGUCGGCGCAUUAAUAAUUGUUGUUUGUGGAUUAAAAUCAUUAAGAUCAGCUUACGCAGAUCCAUCAUCGCGUUACUUAGUGCUGGCAUUUUCAUUAUUAUUUUUUCGUUAUGACUAUAAACAUUUAAGUGAAUCAUUUUUGGUGGAUUAUUUUGUUACAGCAAUAGCAUACGCUAAAAUUCACGAAUUAUUAUUGAAAAUACGUUUUGUGAUAACUUAUAUUGCACCUUGGCAAGUAACAUGGGGGAGUGCAUUUCAUGCUUUUGCCCAGCCAUUUUCAGUUCCACAUUCAGCGAUGCUUUUUCUCCAAGCAACUAUAUCAGCUAUACUGAGUACACCAUUAAAUCCAUUACUGGGCAGUGCAAUAUUUAUAUGCUCCUACGUACGACCAUUAAAAUUUUGGGAACGUGAUUAUAAAACACGCCGUGUGGAUCAUUCAAAUACACGGAUGUCAUCGCAUUUAGAGCGCAAUCUUGGCGCAGAUGAUAAUAAUCUUAAUUCAAUAUUUUAUGAACAAUUAACACGAUCUCUUCAGCACAGUUUGUACGGUGAUUUGGCACUUGGAAGAUGGGGUAAUGUCGAGCAGGGUGAUUGUUUUUUACUUGCCUCAGACUACCUCAAUUGUCUUGUUCAUGUUAUACAAUUGGCCAACGGACUAGUAACUUUUCAAUUACGUGGACUUGAAUUUCGUGGGACUUAUUGCCAACAGCGUGAAGUAGAAGCUAUAUCAGAGAGUAUAGAAGAAAACGAUAAUUGUUGUUGCUGUGAAAUGGGCCACUUUUCAAAUGUAUUGAGUAUGAAUGCGGCGUUUGGACAACGAUGGCUCGCUUGGGAAGUUGCUAGUGCCAAAUAUGUACUUGAAGGAUAUUCGAUUUCGGAUAAUUCUGCGGGUUCAAUGCUUCAAGUAUUUGAUUUUCGUAAAGUACUUGUUACUUAUUAUGUUAAAAGUAUUGUUUUUUAUGUUAUUAAAUCCGUUAAAUUGAAACAAUGGUUAGACAAUAAAGAUAUCACGGAUUCUCUUAAGCCAACUUUAGAAAAAACUUUUGUCGAUUUAGAUCCUGUUUUUAAUAUGAAUAUUGAUGAAGAUUUUGAUUUUCGUGCAAAUGGUAUAUCAAGAAGUAGUUUUUGUAAUGUUUAUCUAGAUUGGAUACAAUUUUGUGCUGUUAAAGUUGAUAAAACUCUUGAAAGAACACGUGAUUCUUAUCUUGUAUCACUGUGUUUAGCAUUAAGUCUUUUAGGUAGACGUGUACUUGGAGCAGCUUCUCACAAUACCGUAUCAAGUGUUGAAUUUUUUCUUUAUGGUCUUCAUGCACUUUUUAAAGGUGAUUUUAGGAUAACGUCAGUACGUGAUGAAUGGGUACUUCAUGACGUAGAUUUACUUAAAAGUGUCGUAGCAAAAGGUGUAAGGAUGGCACUAAAAUUACAUCAAGAUCACUUCAUGAGCCCCGAACAAUACGAUGAUCCUGCAGCGUUGUAUGAGGCAAUUGAUAAUCAUGAUCGUCAUUUAGUUAUCAGUCACGAAGCUGAUCCUCUUUGGCGUAAUGCUGUGUUGAGUGGUGCACCAAGUCUUUUAGCGUUACGACACGUUGUUGAUGAUGGGAUUGAUGAGUAUAAAGUUAUUAUGUUAAAUAAACGUUUUUUGAGUUUUCGUGUUAUUAAAAUGAAUCGUGAGUGUGUGCGUGGACUAUGGGCUGGUCAACAGCAAGAAUUAGUUUACUUAAGAAAUCGUAAUCCAGAAAGAGGAUCAAUACAAAAUGCCAAACAAGCAUUGAGAAAUAUUAUUAAUAGCUCCUGUGAUCAACCAAUUGGAUAUCCAAUUUAUGUAUCACCACUUACAACCAGUUAUGCUGAAACAAAUAAACAACUUUGUUCUAUUGUUGGAGGACCAUUUAGUUUAAAUACUAUUAAAAAUAAUGUACUCAAAAUAUGGAGAAAAGUCAGAAGAAGAUGUGGUGAAGGCUGUUCUUCAGGUGGUACUGGAUCUCAAGAUGAUGGAGGAUUUGGUAACGAUGGCGUUUAUGCAAUGACUACUUAUAAUAUUCAUUCUGGAUACAGUCAAUCUGGUCAUAACACUUCUGGAUCUCAAUCAAUGGACUCUGGAUGUCAAAUAGGAGGAUCAACAGGCCGUGGAUCACUUGGAAGAGCUAAUACAGGUUCACUGGGUGGAAACCGAGGUUCUUUGGCUUCCGUUGGUAAACCAACAAGUUCAACUCUGGCUAGUCUUGCUGGAUUAUUAAGCAACAACGAUAUUAAAACAGAAUCCAAAUGUGAAACGAGCUUUUCGAAUAAAGAUAAGGAAGAAAUAUCACAACGAGUGAGAAUAAUGGAUCCAAAUCAAGUUUACGAUGCUAUUAAUCUUGGUCGACGUAUUGACGUUAUUUGGCCAGAUGAAAAAAUGCGACAGCAAGGUGGCAGAUCAGGCUGGCAGCAUUGGGUACCUGAAAGAGGUAUGGAAGGCUGUGUUGUUCAUCGAUGGUUACCGAAUCAUCGUGACCCUAAUCGACGUUCACAUGUCGAUAAAGUUAUUUUAUUGGUUAAAAUAGAAGACAAAUUUGUGCCGAUUGCUGAACAAGGUGUAAGAGAUUUAGGUGCUGAGGUUUGA